GGCAAAAAAUCGACGUUUAUUUGAUCUAAUUCUCAAGACUUCAAAGAUGAUGUGAAGGAGAUUCCAUGUCUCGUGGAGAAUACAACUACGUCGUCAUCACAUCUUUGUUCUGAGUAAUUCUGUUAUUUUACUGUUCUGUUCGUUCUUAACUCGAACAGUAAUGGGGUGAUGAAAUAGGACAGAGUUUGUUUCUGGGCUUUUUUGUUUGAAUUUCACUUUCGGACAUUAUUUUAAGAACUGUGAGUGUUUGAGACAAAACAUUAAAAUUACAGGAUGACUACAGCUGCGGGCACUAGCCCGGCAAUUAAUGUUGGCCAAGAAAAGCAAAACCGUAAAAUAUUAGAAGAUCUACAACAAGAAAAGAAGAGACUGCGUAUGAUGCAAGGACAGGGGCAGACAAACAGUAUGUCCAGUACCAGUAGUGUUGUUCCAGGCAAUCAGACAAUACAAAGACCAGUGCCAGUAAAAGAACCAGUCUUACCGGUUUUAAGAGAUCCAACUGAGGCACAUCAUUUAGCGAUGUCCCAAAGAACUGCCUUACAGCAUGCCCACGCCAAUUCUGCAGCUUUUUUCAUCACACAAGACUCAUCAUUUGGAAAUUUAAUACUGCCAGUAAUUCCCAGAAUACCACCAGAUUCAUGACGUCUUUGUUAUUUUAAGGUUUCAGUAAUAAUAAUAUAAUGAUAAUCUGUAUUAUCAUGAAGUCCAAUAGCAAUGCUUGAUAGGUUCAUGCUCAUCAGUACAUACAUACAAGAAGUGUGACUAACUCAAUAUUUUAAUGAAAUUUUUUUUUUCGAUUUAUAUUUUUCCACGUAGACUAUUGUCAUAUGAAUUUCUUUCCUUUGUUUGUCUGGAAUUAUUACUAGAAUUACUAAUACCUUACUAAUGUAUUGUAUAUAUUGUGUAAAUGUGCAGCAUAGAAAAUUGGAAGACCUGAACUAAUAGAGCUCCUCACCAUUUUUCUGAAAGCAUGUCCAAUAUAGCAUAUAUUUUUUUUUUUUAUAGAUGUGAUUCAGUCAGAAAAAUUUAUACCAUAAUCCAUAUUGGAAGGUAGUGGAUAUUAUUCAACUUAAAUUUUGCGCGUUCUUGAACCAUUGUUGUAAAACCCUGCCUCUUUGCAGCAAUAGAUGGUUACUGCAAGAAAACUAUAAUUGUAAGAUGUGUCUACUUUGUAGUAUUUAGUAUCUUGAAAAUGCACCAGUCAGUGAAACCUCCCUUCCAUUACUUAUUGAAGCAGGGCAGUAUGUGAUGUCCAUCUAAAAUGCAUGAUGAUUGGUCAUUUGCAUGAGGAUAUUCACUCAUGAAUAAUAAAAUGCUAUUUCCCAAAUACAGGCUUUGUUGGUUUAUUUUCUCAGAGUAUGUUUAGAGUGUAGCGAAAAUAAAUACAAAUAAACCAACA